GGCGAUUUUAGCAGAACAACCACGGCGGGCGUUGUUGAGGCGACGAGUCUGCGCUUCGCGACACCCGAUUUCGAGGACGGCCAACCUCCCCGCGUCCGACCGGAGCGGGACGCCAGACGAGACGAGUCGUCAGGUCAACCGAGUCUCCAGUUGCCGCCGUCUCAUCAAGGGCGAAUUAGUUCGAGCAGAACUGGCAAAUGCAUCCGUCGGCCGGUGGGUGGGGGCAACGGGGGCUGGGGACAACGGGGAUGGGGGACGAGUGAACGAGAACGCGGGGCCGGGACAGACGAGAAUCAGAGAAGAUGGGACGCGAUGAUACAGUUAAUGAGAGAACCUUUAGCAGGCCGCGACUGUCUCUCGGGGGAAUAG